CAACCAUGGAUCCCAGCCUACACCCAGGGGUGGCACCGAGCGGCUCCUUUUCCUCACUGCUUUACAGCAUCAAGAGCCAGUGCCUACAAGAAGAUCGCUUCAAGAAAUUCUGUAAGGUGGCAGCUGUGCAAGUACCAGAAGCUCAUGACUGUCAAGUUGGCCCUGGAUGUGGAGAUCGCCAUCUACUGCAAGCCUCUGGAGGGCGAAGAGAACCGGCUGGAAUCUGGGAUGCAGAACAUCAGUAUCCACACCAAUACCACCCUUGGCUACUUAGAUGGGCUGAUGAACCCAUUUUAUGGGAACCUCAACUAUGGCCUGGGCUUUCAGGCCAACCUGGGCUCUGGUGGGAGCUCUUGCUCCUUCAAUUGCACCAACUCCUCCAAGACGGUGGUUGCGAAGAAGAUUGAGACCCAAGAUUGAGACCCAAGAUGGGAAGCUG